AUGGUGGAUGACUCUGCACGCGCUCGACUGGACUACCUAUGGGCCGCUGCAGUGGCUGAUAACGAUUGGGCGUUCCACACGUCCAAGUCGCCAGCCGUGCAGAACUUCGUGGAUGCGGCUGUUGUCUUCGGGAAACAAUACACCCUCCCAUCCCCCUUCAGGGUUUCUGACCGUGGACUCCAAGACCGCGAAGAAGACGGGGAGUACUUGGCCGGCCUCAUCCGGACCUCGAUCGCCGAGGUUGGAGACAAGAAGGUGGUGCAGGUGGUCAUGGACAAUGCGUCCAACAACCGUAGGGCGGCCGACAUCCUCCGGGACGGUUUUCCUGCAGUGUUUUUCAACAACUGCGCGGCGCACGUCCUGGACCUGAUGCUCCACGACAUCGGGAAGGUCCGUGCUGUGCGGCGAGUGCUCAACCAGGUGCACAGGGUGGUUAUGAUCGUCAAGGGAAGCGCGUCUGCCGUCACGCUCUUCCACGAGUUGUUUAGCACUUUGUCCUUGGUGCGGCCCGGUGCAACAUGCUUCGGCACGCAGGUUAUCAUGCUUACCCGCUUCCUGGAAGUAAAGAAAGCGCUCAAGGAGAUGAUCAUCAGUGAGGAGUGGGAGUCGGUGGCGGUGGCGCGGUCUGAGGAGGGGCGAGCUGUCCGCCAGCUCCUCUUGGAUGAGGUCUUUUGGGAGUGCGCGACAGCGGUCCUCCGCCUCAUGACACCCGUGUAUGAAGUGCUGCGGGUGGUUGACACCCGUGCUCUAGUCAUGGGCCAAAUCUAUGGCCUCAUGCUAGACGCCACGGUGAAGACAAACAAUGCGGCAGAGGCGGCAGCCAAAAUGAUGCUGAAACGCACCGCUCUCUUGCCGGCCAAAGACAAGCCGGCCUUUCUGGCCGCCAUCAAGGCUAUCAUAGCAAGGAGGUGGGACGCCCAGCUCCACAAUCCACUCCAUGCUAUGGGGUGGCUUCUGAACCCGCGCAAUCAGUACGGUAAAGAGGUGAAGAACGAUCCCGAGGUAAGGCUUGGGGCGGAAGCGGUGAUCCAGGCCCGUUGGGGGGACGUCGCUCAACGCGCGCUGCUGUUGGCGCAGUUGACGCAAUUUCAUAAAGGAGAGGGGCUGAUAGGGUCCGAUGAUGCCCGUUGGGCAGCAACGGUGUUGGUGGCGAGUGGGCGCUUGACGGAGGCAGAGUGGUGGCUGAUGUAUGGGGGGGAAUUGCGAGCGCUCAUGGGGAUGGCUGUGACGGUGCUGUCACAGCCAGUCACGUCUUCUGAGGUCGAACGCUACUGGUCCGCCAUUGCACGGGUGCAGAGGCGGGACCAUAACCGCCUCAGUGCCAAGAAGAUGAUGGACGUGACUGAGGUGGCGUUCGCCAGGAGGGCCAGGGAUGCUUUCGAUAGGAAAUCAUGGCAGAGGGAGAAGCUUUAUGCCGAUCUGGCCAACGGCACCCUCCAGCAAGGGAGUGCCGUUGAACCGGCAGCAGCAGAGGAAGAGGAAGUGGGGGACGACGAGGAGGAGGGAGAGGGGAAUGAGCAGCUAUGCACCAUUGAUUGGGACCUAUUCGGGAACAUUGGGAAGCGGAAGAAGAAGGGGCCUAAGACCGCUAAGAGGAAGAGAAACGGGAAGGCCAAGAAGCCUACCAAGGGAAGGAGGAAGGCAACAUCUGUGCGAGAGGAAGAGGGUGAGGAGGAGGAGGCGGCGGAUAGCAGUGGAGGAGGAGGAGGAGGAGGACGAGUAGAGAAGAUAGAAGGUUACAGGCGUGGUGCUCCAGGCGUGGUGCUCCUGCUGUGUUGGUCUGAUAUUCCUUGCGUGCUGGCCUGCCCAUCAUCCUGGCCAGGGAGGGGGGAGUGA